AUGGACUGGCGUAAACUUUUUGGGUGUCAAGCAGGGCACGAACUUGACUAUUCUCCACCAGAAAAGAGCGAUAAAUCCCUAACUGUUCAACCUCCCCUUGAGGUCCUAGAGGCUAGUACGGCUGAGUGGAGAAAUUCUCUGGUGGGUCAGUUCUUAGGGGCUGCUCCAAAUUUCAUCUCCCUCCAACGAACCAUCGAUAAACUCUGGAACCAGACUUCGACAGGAGCUCGCGCGCAGGUAAGUCUCGAAGGUAAAAAUCUCUAUAUUUUCUCCUUCAAUUAUGAUGUUGCUAGGGAUUGGGUUCUUGAGAAUGGCCCGUGGCAUAUUCUCAACAAACCUCUAAUCCUUCGAAAGUGGGAACCCAAUAUGCAAAGACUGAACUUUGAUCUUUCCAGAUUGCCUCUAUGGAUACAUUUAUAUAAUAUUCCAUUAGAACUAUACUCUAGAGAAUGCCUUAGUUACAUAGCCAGUGCUCUAGGAAUUCCAUUAACUAUGGACUCUAUUACUGCAUCGAAAACUAGGCUUGAAUAUGCUAAGGUAUGCAUCGAAAUAGGAGCAAAAAAAGACAUUCCUGAAACUGUCGAAGUUAUUCUUGCUAACGGCAAAACUUCCACAAUCUUUGUCGAAGUUCCUUGGUUCCCUUAUAGAUGCAGGAAAUGUAGUACAUUUGGCCAUUCUGAUAAAGAAUGCAUGAACAAAACAAAUCCUGCCCCUCCACAAAUUAAAAUCUGGAGAAAAAAGACACCUCUCAUUGAUAAUGCUAUUCAUAAAACUGAAAAUUUAGAAUCCUUGAAGGUUGCUCUGCCUGACUCUUCCUCCUCAAAGGAAAUUGUUAACUCUGCUGAUAACAAUUCAAUAACAGAACCAUAA